UGCUCUCGCUUUUUCUCUCUCUAAUCUAUCUUCUUCUUCUAUCUCUUUUCUAGGGUUCUCCUCUCCUCUCAGUUGUUAGGAAUUGACGACGCAUCUUUCUCUGAAUUUUUCUCGGUCAACGUACUAUUGCUUCAUCGCACAAUUCGGCUCUCGUUUUCGACUCGGGGAUAUCAAAUCUGAUAAUCUCUAGGUAAACUAUCAAUUCGGGGAUUCGAAAUUUGAUCCCAAGGAUUGCCAAAUCCUUAACUCUGAAGAUGGCGACAGCUAUGAAGCCUUUCAGAUCACGUGAAGCUGAUGAAUCGGGUUUCAAGUCGAACAAUCUAUGGGUCGGUAGCCUUACGAUGGAUACCACGGAGUCAGAUCUGACAGAGCUCUUUGGAAGAUUCGGCGAUAUUGAUAGAAUUACGGCGUAUUCUUCCCGUGGAUUUGCGUUCAUCUACUACAGACACGUUGAGGAAGCCGUCGCAGCCAAGGAGGCCCUUCAAGGGGCGAAUUUGAACGGAAGUCAGAUUAAGAUCGAAUACGCGCGACCGGCAAAACCUUGUAAGAGUCUUUGGGUGGGCGGAAUCAGCCCAAGUGUCUCAAAGGAUGACCUGGAGGCAGAAUUCAGGAAAUUUGGAGAAAUCGAGGAUUUUAGGUUUCUUAGGGAACGCAAGACAGCUUUCAUUGAUUACUUUGAGAUGGAAGAUGCCCUACAGGCAAGGAGCAUGAAUGGCAAGCGAAUGGGUGGUAGCUAUCUGCGCGUUGAUUUUCUCCGGUCACAAGCACCAAGAAAAGAACAGUGGGCUGGCUCUUACGAUAACAGGAAUGGCAAUGUGAAUCAUAAACCUCAGUAUACUCACUCACAUGAAGAUGCCAACGGGGAUGACCAGCCAAGUAAGGUUCUGUUUAUUGGGUAUCCUCCUUCUGUUCAGAUAGAUGAGCAAAUGCUACACAAUGCAAUGAUACUCUUUGGUGAGAUCGAAAGGAAAAAAAGCUACCCAUCAAGGCAUUUUUCACUUGUGGAGUUUAGGAGCAUGGAGGAAGCUCGCCGUGCCAAGGAAGGUCUACAGGGGAGGUUAUUCAAAGAUCCUAGAAUCAGAAUUAUGUACUCAAACGAUGAGCUGCCUCCUGAGCAAGAUGAUACUAGUUUUUACUCUGGCGUGAAACGUUCAAGACCAGAUAUGUUCAUCAAUGAUCCUUCAUUUGUAUCUUCUCCUCAUUCUACUGGAGUUCCUGGGUCUAUGAGGCCUUUCAGAGGUGGCAAUGAGCGUUCGUAUAAUGCUUCAGAAUUCAACGACGUUGUUGGUAAGGAGCCAAACUGGAGGAGGUCAUCUCCAAAUGGCACUGGAAUACUCCCAUCUCCAACAGGACCUGGAAUCCUCCCAUCUCCUGCACAAGGUAUGAGGCACCCUGCGAGGUCAUUUUCUUAUUCCUUUGGAUAUGAUCCUGCUCAGCCUGACAGAGAAAGCAAACGAACAAGAAGAGAUGGAUCGGUGGAUGGUUUUGCUCCAAUGGGUGUCGAUGAGAGGCCAUUUGGGCGUGGUUCAGUUGCUGCUAGGCCUAUCCGCGGUCACCCUGAUUCUGAUUACAUGUGGAGAGGAAUGAUUGCCAAGGGUGGAACUCCUGUCUGUUGUGCUCGUUGUGUACCUAUUGGAAAGGGGAUUGAAACUAAACUCCCUGAGGUCGUCAAUUGUUCAGCAAGAACUGGUUUAGACAUGCUCGCCAAACAUUACACUGAAGCCAUUGGAUUUGAGAUAGUUUUCUUCUUACCAGACAGUGAAGAGGAUUUUGCGUCUUACACCGAAUUUCUCCGCUACCUCGGCUCAAAAAAUCGAGCAGGUGUUGCCAAAUUAGAUGAUGGAACAACUUUAUUCUUGGUGCCUCCAUCAGAUUUCUUAACUGAUGUACUCAAAGUGUCCGGACCAGAGCGGCUAUAUGGUGUAGUUCUCAAGUUGCCCCCACCAGCCGUUCCUGUUGCAGCACCGUACAGACAAGAAUCUCAGUCCAAUCCUCUGCCUUAUAUGGAUCAAGCCCGGGAUUCACCUGCCAAUGCCAGUCAUGGUUUAUAUCCUCCUGCUAAACCUUCGGCUAGUGAGCCUCUCAGAAUGCCUAACAAUGCUGGGGUUAGUUUAACGCCAGAGCUUCUAGCCACUCUGGCCUCUUUUCUCCCUGCAACUUCUCAACCUGCUGGCCCCGAGAGUCACCAACCUAUGCCAGGCACUUCAACAGUCGUUUCCGCAGUAACUCAAUCCAAUGGACUGUACAAUGGAGAAGCACCGUCUCAAGCUUGGAACAGAGAUCCACAAACAGUCCAUGAUGCCUCAAAUCAGUCGUUCCAACAAUAUGGAAAUCAGUACAAUCCAGCCGGGCAACUACCUCCUCCUCCUCCUCCUCGUUACGCUCCAGCUUCAAACAACCCCAACUACUCUAGUGGAAUGGUCCAUGGAAACAUGCAAUACCAAGGCCAGUCUGUUAACAUGCCUCAGCUAUCUCCGUUACCGAAUAUGCCUCAUAAUAACUAUGCCAUGUACACUCAGGGUUCGUCAAAUCAAACUGUUUCUCAGCCCAUGACACAGCAAUACCAACCAGAAGCUUCCGUGCCAAACCAAAACUAUGGUCCAAUUCCAAGUUAUCAGCAAUCCAGUUAUCAUGGUGUAACAACAAAUCAGGCGCAUAAUUUAAACGCUUCCCAAUUCCAAGCUGCCAUGCAACCAUCAGCUGACAAGGCAACCGUGGAGCCACAAAGCCAAGCACCACAGCUGCAGCCUGUGCUCUCUGGGGCUGGUCAGGGUUCAACAGAUGGGGAGGUCGAUAAGGACCAGAGAUACCAGUCAACACUGCAGUUUGCAGCAAACCUUCUUCUGCAGAUACAGCAGAAGCAGCAGCAGCAGCAGCAAUAGUCUUUGGGUUCUCGGGCUGGACAGGGCUCUUAGCUCGUCUUCGUUAUGUUGUUUUUUUUUGGAUUUUUCUUUUUCUUUCUUCUGUUCUUAAUUAGUUCUUUCUUUUUUUUGUAUUACAAAACAAAUCCUCCUUAUGAUAUCAAAAUUGUUGACGGUA